AUGUUGGAAGGGGUGGUGGCCAACUUACUAAAUCGCUUCCUGGGUAUCUAUGUUAAAAAUUUCGAUGCCAAACAGCUCAACAUUGGUAUAUGGUCCGGUGAUGUAAAGCUUCGCAAUCUAGAGCUCCGGCGCGAAGCUCUCGACCAACUGCAUCUCCCCCUGAAUGUCGUCGAAGGCCAUCUCGGUGAGCUUACGCUGUCCAUCCCCUGGUCGAACUUGAGGGGAAAGCCUGUCAAGGUCGAUAUCGAAGAUGUGUUUCUCCUAGCAGCCCCAAAGGAAGAUGCCGACUAUGAUGCCGAGGAAGAGGAAAGGAGAGCGCAUACUCUCAAAAUGGACAAGAUUGAGAGUGCGGAGCUUAUUAAAGAGCGAAACGCGGAGGGGAUGAGCCAGGAAGAGCAACGCCGAAAUCAAAGCUUCACGCAAAGCUUGGUCACUGCGGUAGUCGAUAAUCUUCAGAUCUCGAUCAAGAAUGUCCACUUCCGCUACGAGGACUCGAUCGCUUCACCGGGCCACCCGUUCGCCGUUGGAUUCACACUGAAAGAGCUAAGCGCGGUCAGCACUGAUUCUGAAUGGAACCCGACCUUCAUACAAUCUACCUCAAGCACAACACACAAACUAGCUGUCUUAGGCGCUCUUUCUGUUUACUGGAACACAGAUGCUGAACUCCUAGGUACGGGUCGAGGCUCCGACGUGGGCGCAGAGGCACAGGGCAUAGACCAUUCGGAUUUGAUGGAACGACUGAGGUCUGGUAUUGAUAACGAGGAAAACAACCAAUUCAUGCUGCGCCCUGUUAGCGGCCGUGCUGGAUUGGAAUUAGACAAAUCAGGAGAGCAUGAUCAAGCGGCCAUCAAGGCCCGUUUGCUGUUUGAUGAACUGAGCUUCGUUCUAGAUGAUGACCAAUACCGAGAUGCAUUGAUGCUGGUGGAUCUCUUCCACUAUUUUAUUCGUCAUCAAGAGUAUAAGAAAUUCCAGCCGAAGUGCCGCCCGAAAGAGGACCCUCGAGCUUGGUUUAAGUUUGCCGGAAACGCUGUCCUCAGCAAAAUUCAGGAGCGAAACAGGCGCUGGACCUGGGACUACAUCAAAGAACGACGGGAUGAUCGCAUAACCUAUAUUGAUUUGUUUAAAAAGCAAAAGCGGGACGGAACAUUAUCAGGGCCAGAUGCGGAUGAGUUCGACCGACUGCAACGGAAACUCAGCUACGAAGAUAUACGAUUCUGGAGAUCAUUGGCACGGAACCAGUUGCGCAAAGAAAAUGUAGGCGUUAAGAAGCCUGCGCGACAACAAACGUGGUCAGAAUGGAUCUGGGGUGCUCCAAAAGAGGAAUCCGAGGAGGAAGCAAUGACCGAAGAACAGAGACAGGAGCUGUACAAUGCCAUCGACUGGGAUGAAAAGAAAGCUAUCUCGGAAAGCGUCGAUGAGCCCAGGGAGUGGGUAAAACUCCAAGUCAACUCCAGCCUUAGAGCCGGCAGUUUCACGCUGAAGCGCGACCCUCAUGGAAAGGCAAACGAAAUUAUGAAGCUGGUAUUCGACAAUUUCAGGGCAAAGGCCUUACAGCGCCCUGACUCCUUCUUCAUAGACGUGAAUCUCGGAGGACUUAGAGUAUACGACGGGACAACGGAGGGGACACUUUUCCCUCAGAUCGUCAAAGUUAAAGACUCUCUCCCGGUACCAAAGAACCGUUUAUCACAGAUCUCUGGAAACGAGGAGCUAGAUUCUGAGGAGGUGGUUGAUGGCAUAGAGGAUGAAGAUAGUCUAUUCCAUCUCCAGCUCGAGAGGAACCCUCUGGAAAGUGACGCAGAUUCGGUAGUCAAAGUCAAGUUGAAGAGUAUUGAAGUCCUCUAUAACCCCAGAUUUCUUGUGGAAGUCGUCAAGUUCUUCGAACCCCCAGAGAGGCAUAUGGAGUCAAUUGGCGCUCUUCUGGAUACGGCAGGGGCUACAGUAAAGGGAAUUCGACAGCAAACUCGAGCCGGCCUAGAAUUUGCUCUGCAGGAGCAUAAGAAGGUCGAUGCGCAGUUCGAUAUACAUGCGCCCCUCAUAAUCGUCCCUGAGAGUAUAACUCAAGAGAGUUCACUUUGUUUGAUCCUCGAUGCAGGCCAUAUCAGUGUCAACAGUGAACUAGUUGACAGACAGACCAUGAGAGACCUCCAGUCGAAGCAGAAACGACAAUAUGAUGAAGGUGAUUACAAGGAACUUGAGCAUCUGUUGUAUGAUAGGUUCUUGCUCAAAUUGGACUCCACGCAAGUCCUUAUCGGCCCUGGAAUUGAUAUCACCAAAUCGCAACUUAGCGCUGACGUCUCCUCGACUAAUCUUCAUAUUAUCGACCGCAUAAAUGUGGACUUCGUACUCGAGAUGUGCAUUGUUCCGAAGGUCACUGAGCUUACAAGAACUCGAAUCUCUGGGCAUCUCCCAGAACUGCACGCGUCUAUCUCCGAUACCAAAUACAAAGGCCUGAUGAAACUCAUUGAUAUUGCUAUUCCCCGCUUUGAUGAGGGCAGUCAGGAAUCCAACGUCUCUGGCAAAGGUGCAGAAGAGUCGUCUGCUCCUGGAACAAGAGCAAGAUCUGCGUCCUUCCAGCCGUCAGUUAUGAGAGAACUUCCUGCUGUAGACGAAGAUUCUGACGAGGAAUCUGACGAUGAGAACAUGAGCAAGAGUGUUGAGGGUCCGACGAAUCUCCAUCGUCGUGACUUUGAAUUCAAGUUUACCGUUGGUCGCCUUCGUGGGUCAUUGUUUCGCUCCGACCCGAACGACCAGCUCCAUGAUCACCUGUUAGUUGAAUUGGUUGCUGAAGGGUUUGCUUUGGACUACUAUAUGCGCCCGUUUGAUAUGGUCGCAGAAAUAGUGCUAAAGUCCCUUAGUGUGGAUGACUAUAUUGAGGAGAACCCUGCACCUGAAUUCAAAAGAAUAGUGUCCUCCAAAGGUUUCGACGCAGAUGAGGAUAAGGACCUGUUUCAUCUCAAGUUCGUUCGUGUGAAACCUGAGUCCCCGGAAUUUCAGUCCACCUAUGAAGGAAUAGCGAUGAACCUUGAUGUUUCCGUCUCGACUAUCAACCUUAUUGUCACCAGGAAAACGCUUCUCACGCUUCUGGACUUUAUCCUUCUCACGUUCACCAAUCCAGAACAGCCAAGCAACCAAGGCCUUCAGUCAGACCAAACCAUCCAGAACACAGGCACCACUGAUCAAGAAUCCCAGCAGGCUGGGAAAAUCCGCAUCAAAGCCGACUUAAAGAGUAUAGCGCUCAUUUUGAACAAUGAUGGUGUAAGGCUUGCUACCCUCAGCCUCAACACUGCCGAUGUUGGCAUAUUCCUGGUGGGCCGAUCGAUGCUUAUCCAAUCCCGUAUUGGAAGCUUGACCUUGAUAGACGAUGUCAACACUGGUGCUCCAGAGAGUUCUGAUCUUCGAAGGCUCUUAACAAUCGAGGGAGAUAACUUUGCCGAUUUCAAGUAUGAGACGUUUGACCCGGACAGUGCAAAUUACCCUGGAUAUGACUCGGAAGUCUUCUUAAGGUCGGGUUCAAUGAAGAUCAACUUCUUAGAGGAACCGUACCGGAAGAUCAUCAAUUUCUUGGUCAAGUUUGGCAAGAUGCAAGCGAUCUUCAAUGCUGCCCGCCAAGCUGCGGCGAAUCAAGCAAACCAGCUUCAAGAAAACGCGUCCAGGAUGAGGUUCGAUGUCGUCGUCAUGACACCGAUUUUGGUCUUCCCUGGAGUCGUGAAAGAAGAUCGUCCCCGUGAUACGGUGACGGCCCAUCUAGGUGAAAUAUACGCCAAGAACGAAUUCGUUUCUCUGGAGGACGAGAAAGACAGCCCUGCUGUCAAUGUAAUAUCUACCGGGAUCCGUAACAUCCGACUGACAUCCAAGUUUCAUUUUGAGGGAGGUGCGGUUGAAGAGCUUGAGAUGAUACAGAAAGUCAAUCUCGAUUUUAGCAUAUGCUAUCUAGAGCAUCAACCAGGAAAUUCACGUCCUGAUAUGGAAGUGGAGGGAUCAAUGUCUCCCAUCAAUCUUCGGAUAUCGCAGAAACAACUCAAAUUCUUAUUGGCACUGUCUAAAACAGUGCCUGGGGCUUUUGCACCUGAUACAGAACAGCAGGAGCUUGAAGCCAUGCAGGCGCUUCCAUCUUCUGUGACAGAACCAACAAAGGAGGCAGAAUCCAAAGCAGUCCAAAGCAGAAACGGUCAGGAUAAUAUGGUACCGAGCGCACAGACGGACGAAACUUGGGUCCGACUUGAUAUGGUUUUCAAGGUAGAUGGUGUUGGGUUGGAGCUCAUCCUCUCGAAAGACGACGAGCCGGUCGGCCGUCUGGAAGAUUCGAGCCUCUCGAAGUUCUCCCUCAAUGGCACACAAGUGAAGUUGCGCAUGUUGACAGAUGGUUCUCUGGAGUCGGAACUCUUGAUCCACUCUCUCUCGAUCCGUGAUAGUCGCAAUAAGGACACGAACAAGUUCAGGAAGAUAAUGUCCUUAAUCAAUAAUGAUGUCCAGCAGCAAUUCAUGGCCAGCGUUUCAAUGUCUCCUGGGCCAGCCAAGCACUUAAUAGCGAUGCUGACCAUUGAUAGCCCGCGAAUAAUAGUUGCUUUUGAUUAUUUGUCCGCUUUGCAGUCCUUUGCCAAUUCCGCGUUUGCGACGGAAGAGCCGGUGGAAGAAGAGGAAAGCGACGAUACACCGGAAGGAUCAGAACCUAGAUCUAGUACCGCAGAUGAUACUGAUGAUUCUGUUGGUACGCCCUCCAGUGGGAACACUCCAGCUCCUCCUGCUGGGCAGAUGACUGUGUCAUUCCGAUUGAAUCUCGUUGAUGCCCAGGUGAUCAUGAUCGCGAAUCCUGCGAUAACUCAUACCGAGGCUAUUGUGCUGGGAACAAAGCAAUUACUUUACUCCCAUCAAAAUGUUUCAACCCUGCAAAUAUCCAAGGUUGGUAUGUUCUUGUGCCGUAUGGACAAGUUUGAGACCAGUAGGCUUCGCAUAUUAGAUGACUUCACUCUGGAAAUGUCCAUGGACAGCCGCCCUCAGGAAAAAGGCUCUGCUUUGACCUCUAUCAAUGUUCAUCUUGAGCCCCUUGUCCUCCGUCUUUCUCUCCGUGACAUCUUAAUGGCUAUUCAAAUUGUCAACAAGGUAUCCGAGAUGAGAGCUCAGAAACCUAAUGAAGGGGAAACUGGCGAGGUGAAGAGAAUCUCUGAUGGAAAGGGUACUAGUACGAAGUCCUCAAGAAGGAAGUCGGUCGGCAGGCCGACCUCGACUGCACUCGCGCCAAGGUCACAUCACAGCUCCAGUGGGGUGAUUGAUACGAUCGAACAAGAGCUUAUAUCGCAUCGUUCAGCUAUCCUCAAGAAAGAAGAAAUGAAUGCCCAAAUCGAUGGUGUAAGGGUAAUCCUUAUAGGAGACCUACACGACCUGCCAUUGCUUGACUGGAGUGUCAAGAAGUUUACUGUGGACGUCCGUGAUUGGUCGUCGACACUGAAAGCUGACACCAGCUUCGAUACAUUCCUCAACGUGUAUAACUUCUCUAAGUCAGCCUGGGAACCCCUUAUAGAACCAUGGCAGUUGGGCUUCCAUAUGGCAAAAGAGGUCAAUCCCGAUGUCCUUUCGAUAGACGCCUAUUCUCAUAAGACGAUGGAGCUCACCCUCACCUCUGCCACAAUUGCACUAGCGUCAAAGUCGUUCCAGUUUCUCUCGACUGAUGAAGACGUUCUCUCAAAACCACGAGGAGCGGAUGCCCCAUAUAGAAUCCGUAACCAUACAGGCUUUGACCUUCACGUUUGGGCUGAUGUUAGUGCAGACGAAGAAGGGCCGGCGGCUAAAUUGGCUGAUGGGGAGGAAUAUCCUUGGAGGUUUGAAGACUCGACUGCCAUGCGUGAAACACUCGCACCCGAAGGUCAUGCCGGUCUGGUCGGUAUCAAGCUUGAAGGAAGUGGCUUUGAGAGCGUGAGCCGUAUUCCUGUCGUUCGGGAAGGAGAGAUUUUGUACAAUCUGAAGCCAAAGAAAGAUGGCAUUCUGCAUCGACUUCUUGUUGAGGUUAAAUUGGGCACCGACAACGUCAAGUACAUCACUAUCCGCUCUCCCCUGGUUGUGGAGAACAAUACCCAGAUACCAGUGGAACUAGGCGUUUUCGAUCCUCAUGACGGCCAUCUUUUGAAAAUAGAGAAGAUCCUCCCUGGAGACUCUCGGCCUGCACCUGUGGGAGCUGCAUACAUGCAUUCUCUUCUUAUUCGGCCUGACCAAGGUUUUGGGUAUGAGUGGUCGAACGAGCAACUACAUUGGAAAGACCUUAUGCGGCGACCAACUCGGACAAUAAAAUGCAUAAGUGAGAGUGGACAGCAAGCGCCGCCAUUCUACUUCCAAAUGAAUGCUACGUUCAAUUCACGGGAUCCUGUAACGAGCACAUAUCCUUGCAUGCGUGUCCGGAUAUUUGCCCCUGUGGAGAUACAAAAUCUCCUCCCUUACGAUUUCAAAUAUCGCAUCUAUGAUAAGAAUACGAAGAAGGACUGGACUAAUUUCUUGCGGAAAGGGGGCGUAAGCCCAGUCCAUGUUGUGGAACUAUCUCACUUACUGCUUCUCAGCAUCGACUUGGAGGAUACUGUCUUCAGACAAAGUGAUUUUGCUAUAAUCAACGGCAAUGCACAAGACUUCAGGAGAGAGCAUGUAUUGCCUUUGAAAGAUGAAAGAGGAAUCCAACUGAGGUUGAAGCUUCACUAUUUCAACGUGCCUGAUAGUGGAGGCGCAUUCAAGGUAUCAAUCUACAGUCCGUAUCUCGUCUUGAACAAGACAGGUCUCUCGAUGGAAAUACAAAGCAAAGGGUUCUUGCAAUCGGCUCGAUCAGCAGCUGGACAAGGGCUGAGGGCUGAUCCAAGGAACGGUGGACGAACGCUCCCUUACAUGUACUCCUAUCCAAGCGAUGAUCAGAAGAACCGAUCCAUACUGAGGAUAGGCGAUUCUGCUUGGAGCAAGCCUCAGAGUUUCGAAGCCAUUGGGAGUACAUUCGAAGUUGUCCUUCCAGAUAGACAUGGUAGAUCUGAGUUUCAUUCCGGCGUGACUGUUGCUGAGGGUGAAGGCAAAUACAAGAUGACCAAGGUUGUCACCAUUGCGCCUCGUUUCGUUUUGAAGAACAAGCUUGAUGAGGAUAUUCUGGUUCGAGAGCAGGGUUCUUCCAAUGUUCUUACUAUCAAGAGCGGUGAUCUUGUACCUCUGCAUUUCUUGCGCCAGGUUGCUGAGAAGCAACUUUGUUUGUGCUUCCCCGGCGUCAACAACCAAUGGUCGUCUCCUUUCAACAUUGCAGACAUUGGUACAGUGCAUGUCAAGCUUGCCAAGGCAAAUCAACGCCAGAAACUCAUCAAAGUGGACAUUAUGAUGGAAAAUGCAACUCUCUUCCUGCAUUUUAACCUAGAAACACGCAACUGGCCGUUUUCCAUGCGGAACGAGAGCGACAUGGAGUUCAUAUUUUAUCAAGCUAAUCCAAAUGUGGAAGAUUACGAGGAUGACAGGACAAAUGGCUGGCGGCCGAUCCGCUACCGUCUUCCACCUCGAAGUAUCAUGCCAUAUGCCUGGGAUUAUCCAGCCACGCAGAACAAAUCUCUCGUUCUGACUUGUAAUGGAAAAGAAAGGCAUAUCAAGCUUGCCGAGAUCGGUAAUCUAAUACCAAUGAGGAUACCGCCAACGCAAUAUGGUGAACACCAGAAGAUUGUCGACAUCAAUAUUGUGGCCGACGGCCCUACUCAGACUCUAGUCUUGUCGAAUUUCAAGGCAUCAAAGAGCAUGUAUAGACAGCAACGAGGACAGACCUCUCAGAGCAGUCUGAGCACCGGGUUCGAGGUUAAGGAGUUGGAUUCUGACGUUAACUUCAAAGCUCAACUCCGCCUUGGUGGUAUUGGCAUCUCCUUGAUCAAUCAGAACAUGAGAGAGCUGUUGUACUUGACCUUCCGCGAGAUUGAUAUUAAGUACAGGGAAUCCAUGGUUUAUCAAACGCUGAAUACCACAAUCAAAUGGAUCCAGAUUGAUAAUCAGCUUUAUGGAGGUAUUUUCCCCAUGUUGUUGUACCCCAGCGUUGUUCCAAAGACCGGAAAAGAAAUGGAGGCACAUCCAAUUUUCCACGCCAUGAUUACACGAGUGAAAGAUGAUUCUUAUGGUGUACUCUACAUCAAGUAUGCCACUGUGCUUCUGCAACAAAUGACGCUAGAGCUUGAUGAGGAUUUUGUAUUUGCAAUGCUGGACUUUGUCAAGGUCCCUGGUGCCUCAUGGUCAGAAGAACAAGAGGGAAAACUUUGUGAUGAAGAUCUAAGAAUCCCGGAGCCUCAAAGUGAAGGUGCUGGGCAGGAUGUUUACUUCGAGCUUCUUCACCUGCAGCCCAUGCAGCUUGACAUCUCUUUCAUGCGGACAGAGCGAGUGAACGCCGAAGACACUAUGCAACCAUCAAAUCCUUUGAUGUUCGUUGUCAAUGUCAUGACCAUGUCGAUGGGCAACAUCAAUGAUGCACCUGUUCAGCUUAACGCACUAAUGCUGGAGAAUGCUCGUGUAUCGCUUGGAGUUCUUGUUGGCAACAUUCAGAGACACUAUACCCAGGAGUUCCUCCGACAAGUGCAUGUCAUCCUUGGAUCUGCAGAUUUCCUCGGCAACCCCGUUGGAUUGUUCAAUAAUGUCAGCUCUGGCGUUGCCGCGAUCUUCUACGAGCCAUACCAAGGACUAGUUCUGACUGAUAGGCCUCAAGAACUUGGUCUAGGUAUCGCCAAGGGGGCCACAAGUUUUGUUAAGAAGUCCAUUUUCGGAUUCUCCGACAGCAUGGCCAAACUUACCGGAAGCAUGUCUAAAGGUCUUGCUGCUGCCACAUUGGACAAGGAGUUCCAGGACAAGCGGCGGAUGUCUAAAUCUCGAAACCGGCCGAAACAUGCAUUGUAUGGUAUCACAGCUGGUGGUAAUGCAUUCGCAACCAGCCUAGCAAGCGGUAUCGGAGGACUCGCACGUCAUCCACUGCAGGGCGCUGAAAAGGAGGGUAUCCAAGGAUUUUUUAAGGGUGUCGGAAAGGGUGUCUUAGGUCUCGCUACAAAGCCUGCCCUUGGCGCUUUUGAUCUUGCCUCAAAUCUUGCUGAAGGUGUCCGGAACACUACUACUGUCUUUGAUGCAGAGGGCCUGGACCGUGUUCGUCUCACGCGUUUCAUUGCAACAGACGGCAUUGUGCGACCAUAUUCACAGCGGGAGGCAUUGGGUCAGUUCUGGCUCAAGACAGCGGAUGACGGUAAAUACUUCAGUGAGGACUAUAUCGCGCAUUUGGAACUUCCCGGCAGAGACAUGCUGGUCAUGUUGACAUACGACCGGAUAAUGCUUGUGCGCACCAAGAAGCUCCAGGUUGAAUGGGAUAUACGCUUGACGGACAUCCAAACAAUCUCUAAAGAGCGCACUGGUAUGAGUAUUACCCUCAAGGGGGGUGCUAAUGGUCCAUUUAUCCCGGUGCAGGAUGAGAGUUCAAGAAACUGGCUGUACCGUCAGAUCGCCAUUGCUGUGAAUGCAUUCAAUGAGAAGUACAACAACAAGGGUUAGAUAGAAGUAUUCAGCUUAUGUUCUUCAUAACGACGUUACGCUAAAGGAUGGGGCUUACUUUAUCAGUGAGGCCAGAAGGGACCCAGAGGAUGGCUUUAUAUUUGAUGGAUACCGGAGCACUCAAU